ACGCACACACAGACUGUAGUCACACACAACAGAGAGUGGCAACAGUCACAAACAUAUCCCUAAAGGACCAUCAAAGAAAGAACAAGAAAAUAAACUAACCUCUUCACAGAAGCCUUUACCUUAGCAUCCAGGAGACAAUUCUGAAGAUACAGGACUGACCUCCAUUCCUCCAUUCCUCUCUUUCAGAAUGGGAUCUGCAGGGGUACACAUUGUAUGCGUUGCCCUUGGUGUGAUGGGACUGGUUGCUGCCAUAGUGUGCUGUGCUGUUCCAAAGUGGAAAGUGUCAUCAUUCACGGGACAAAACAUUGUCACUGCCCAGUCAAACCAUGACGGGCUGUGGAUGGCAUGUGUGGUCCAGAGCACAGGCCAGCAGCAGUGCAAGAAAUACGAGUCCCUCCUCGAGCUGGCGCCCGACCUCCAGGCGGCACGUGCCAUGACCAUCAUCAGCUGCUUCCUCUGCUCCGUCUCCAUCCUCAUCCUCUUUGCUGGCUCCGACUUCACUACCUGCGUGGAGAAUGAGGAUGCCAAGCCCAAGAUCACCCUGGUGGCAGGCAUCGGGAUGAUACUGGCCGGCCUUCUGCUCAUCAUUCCUGUCAGCUGGGCCGCCCACAACGUCAUCCGCAACUUCUACGCCAUAGGAACCGUCCAGAAGCAGGAGCUGGGUGCCUGCAUCUUUGUGGGCUGGGCCGGGGGUGUGCUGAUGCUCCUGGGGGGCGGGCUUCUCUGUUGUUUCAGUCGGGUUCAGUCCGGCAGCUCAGGAGGUACCGCAAAGUACUACAGCAACAGUGCCUCAGCUCCCAAUUCCAACUAUGUUUAGAGGGGCCUGAAGAGAGGGGAGGGGGAAUGUAGGAAAGGGGGGAUGUAGCAGUUAAAUCAAAUGGAGAUAGAGGGAAAACAAGGUGUAUUUGUGAAUAGGGGAGGUAGACAAGUGAUGGGGGGGGGGGGUGAAACAAUGUGGUUGAAGGAUAUGGAGCUAGAUCAUGGCCAACAGUUUUGUAAAUUCAAAACAAAGAAAUGUGAAAGUGGAAAUCAAUACAUUUUUUGAGCAUUACGUUCAAAUUCUACUUUUUCAAUUUCAAGGUGUGUUUCAGUUUAAAAUGUUUCAAUUUCAGUUACGUCUCUGUUUCAGAUUUACAAACCUUCUGGCCCUGAUCUAUAUCCAUAGAUCCAUAGUUUGCGGAAUAUUCUCAUCAUAAAGUUUCAUCACUAACAAUCUAACUAGAAUGUUCUCCAAUAUUCUUUAAAUGCUUGUGUUCGCUGUGAUGGGAUAUGAAUGGAAAAGAAAACAAUUCACUAGAUUAUAUGGCAGAUGAACAUUCGUUUGUAAGUAAUAAUCAUUAGCUAAAACAAAAAUGAUGUAAAAUUCUUGUUAUUUUUCAUUUCUUGGUAUGGGGGAUAUUGUUAUUUUAGCAUGAGAGUUUUAGUAGAUGUGCUAAGCUAGCAAUUCAUCACAGACAUAUACACUUAUAAAUGAUGGAAAUACUGUAUAAUCAGUAAAUCAAUCAAUCAAUCAAUCAAUCAAACUUUAUUCAGAUAGCACAUUUCAAACAAUCAAAUGCAACACAAAGUGCUUCCCAUAACAAAACAGUAUUCUAAAAUGCAUUAUCUGCAAAUGUACGGCAUUAUAAAUUAAUUCGGAAAUACAUUUAUAAAUUAGUGGAAUGCACCAAAGUAAUUGAAAUUAAAUGCAUUUUUAAAUAUUUUGCUUUUCCAAAUACAGUAUUUAACUGAACGCUGGUGUGAACACACGGAUCUUGUGCAAGAAUCAAAUGACGUUUUAUCAAAUCAAGUUUUAUCAAAUGAUGGGAUUUCUUCACUGCAUGUCAAAAUCUUUAGCAAGCACAGCUAUUUAACCAGCAGCUAAGCAGCUAUGAUAAGAGUCAACAUUAGCCAAAAAUAUAAUUAAAAUGUUAAUUAAAUCAGUUGGGCUGCUGUUGCUUGACAUUGCAUAAUGUCCUUGACAAACGUAUCAUAUACCACUAUCUAAUCCUCACAGUGGUAUAUGAUGUGAUGUGAUGACAUCUACAAAAUUAAAGGUAACAACAGCAGUGUGUAUAGGUGAGGCCUUUGCACAUCUGAUAUAUACUUUGUGCUUGGUGUGUAAAGGUGGUCAUGCAAUGAAAUAAAAAAAUAAACCCAGACACUGCACUACCUUGCAAAAAGGGUCAUUUUUAUUAGACAUGGCUAAGUAGUCUAGUCUAUGUAUAAUAAAUGUAAUAUGUCACACAAGAUAAAGCAGUGUGUGAGUUUUGCUUAAUUAGCAUAAUAAAUGCAGAGUGAAUAAAAACAUGAAUCAUCUAAAAUGCAAAGUACCAUUUUGUCUCCUUUUGGUCAACAAGCAAUGAUGCUUAUUGAGUGUGUUAAAUAUUCAGCUGCUUAUUUCAGGUAUGAGACUGUAUUUCUGAUGCAUGAAAACAUUUAAUCCCUGGGUAGUGGAUGCAAAUUUCAAUGUGCUUCUUUUUUAAAUUGAUGUCAUUAAAGUGGUAAGUAAAAUUAAGUAAAUUAUUAUUAAAUAAAUUAUACAUUUACAUUAUAUAUGUAAUGUAUUAUAGUGGAGCAUGUACAACAUAAACGUUUUAUUUUUUAGUUUGCAUCCAGUAGACUAUGGAUAAAAUAAUGUAUAUAUAUGAUGGUUACUUUUUCAAUGAUGGCUUUAUGUCACUUGUUUCUUUAUUCGAGAUGACAGAAAAUUUACAAUAAGGUCUAUAAGAAAAGCAUUACAAGGUAUUUGUCAUUGUAUUUCUGUCUUGUUCUACUGUCCUCCUGUAGAUUAGACACUGAUUUUAUUCAUAUAUUUGUACUGAUUGUGUUAUGCAAUAAAAUAAUCAUUCUCCCAAAA